CCGAAGAUAAACUGUUUUGUGCAAACAAACAUGAAUUUAUAAUUGCAUAUCAGCCACUCCCUCGAGAACAAACUGGUAUCAAAGGAUACUUGAACUUUCAAUCAUUAUACUGCGACAAAGAGGUCUGAUACAAGAUGCUGUUUCCAGAAGAAGAUGCUGGAGAAUUGAAGAAGUGGAUUAUAAAGAGACUUGAAAAUACGUAUGUUUACUCCAAUUUUCGCCAUCGUAUAGACAUGAUUCUAAUUUUCCUUGUAGGUCAGAUGCAGAUGCCGAUGUUCUCGCCGAUUAUGUUCUUGCUUUAUUGCGACAUGAUGGAGAUGUAAAUACAGUUCGACAACUUUGCCUGGCUGAAAUUCCCGAUUUCUUAAAAGAGGAUACAUCGAUUUUCGUACGCGAUGUCUUCGAUGCCCUUCAAUAUAAGACUUAUCUAAGUGGCGGGCCGCCGCGUCGCCCCUCACAACCAUUCGCGCCACCUACUGGACCAUCGGGUGCACCCUUCAACAAUCUAAAUAUGGGAGCUCCAAUGGGCCAUCAAAACGGUUCCCGAAAACGCACAUAUGAUGGACGAGGCGAUGGAGAUUCUCAGAUUUAUAUGGGUGGUGGAGAUCAGAAUGCGCGCGCAUAUAAACAACCUCGACGAGGUGGCGGGGCAGGACGCGGAAACUUUGAUAAUUUCAAUAAUGGUAGAGGAGGAUUCCAAGGCCGUCCGCAACAUAUGCCAAUGCCUCCUAAUGCGCCGUUCAUGCAUAAUAUGCCGGGCAUGCCAGGUUCCCCGACAGGAUUACCUCCACUUGAUCCGAACAAUCCCAUGGCAGCUCUUCUUGCUAUGCAGCAAGCGAUGGGCGCGAUGGGUUUACCUCUUCCCCAGGGUAUGCCAGGAUUCCCUCCCAAUGGACCUCCACAGAAUAGAGGGCAAUCAGGGCCAAUGAACCAAAAAAAGCAACGAUGUCGAGAUUAUGAACAGAAAGGAUUUUGCGCCAGAGGAAAUACCUGCAUGUUUGAGCACGGUCAAGAUUCGAUAUAUGUUCCAGGAGGUGCUAGCAAACCUACAGACGAAUACGACCCAAGUAACGCGUCGCUUAUGACUGAUAAACAGAGCCAGAAUGACAAUGGCCAAGGACACGCACCAUUCGGUGGCUUUGACAGCAACCGUGGUGGUAUGGGACGUGGUAGAGGGCAGUCUAUGGGUAGAGGGCAGUCUAUGGGCAGAGGGCAGUCUAUGGGCAGAGGGCAGUCUACGGGUAGAGGUGGAUCGCAAAUGCAUGCUGGCAGAGGUGGGAGACGAGCAGAAUUUUCGUCAGACCGACCAAAUUUCAAUACGAAUAAUACCACAAUCGUCGUAGAACAAAUCCCGGAAGAAAAGUUCUCAGAAGAAGCUGUUCGGGAGUUCUUCUCAGAAUUCGGCAAUAUAAAGGAGGUGGAUAUGAGACCAUAUAAAAGGUUGGCUUUGGUCAAAUAUGAUGACUGGAACGCGGCAAAUACAGCAUACAGCUCACCCAAGGUCAUUUUUGACAACAGAUUUGUGAAGGUCUAUUGGUAUACAAACCCUGAAGCACUUCCAAAACCUCCGGACAAUGCGACAUCAAAUGGCACAACCAAUAAUGGUACCUCUGGCCCAGUCCCUGCAAGAGAGACGGAUGAACCCCAGAUUGAUAUUGAAGAGUUCACAAAGAAGCAGCAAGAAGUACAGAAAGCGCAUGAGGAAAAAAUGAAGAAGAAACAGGAAAUGGAAGCCACUCGUAAGGAGUUGGAGAGACGCCAAGAAGAACUUCUAAAAAAUCAAGCCGAGGAAAAGAGGAGAUUGAUGGAGAAACUUGCGGCUAAAACUGGCAAAUCUGCAUCUCCCGGCGUCAAGACUGAGGAAGGGUCUCCCGCGCCCAAAGCUUCACAGCAAACAGAAGCUCUGAAGAAACAGCUAGCUGCUUUAGAAGCGGAAGCUCAAUCCUUAGGCUUGCCAAAUCUAGAUAACCCCCUUUCUGAUGAUACAUGGGGGGGACGUGGUCGAGGACGUGGUGGCUAUAGAGGAAGAGGUACUUUUGCUCCACGUGGUUUCCGGGGAGGUUACAGAGGACGUGGUGGUGCUCCAUUUGCUGGAGGUGCUCCUGCGCGCUAUACUCUUGACAAUCGGACGAAGAAAAUUGCUGUUAGUGGUGCCGACUUUACAAAUCCACAGAUAGAUGAGAGUCUGAGGGAACAUCUUUUGGUAUGACUUCUAGUUUUCACAUUCUUCUUGAUAGUUCUUCUGUACUAAUGUAUCCUAGGGAAUUGGUGAAUACACUGAACUUACUAAUACACCAAACGGUUGUCACAUAACAUUUAAAGAUCGCCACACAGCUGAGAAAUUUAUGUUCGGUCUCCAAAACGGUGAAAUCCCAUCAGUAGGACAGGUUGAUUUAUCAUGGAUUCAAACACCAUUGCCACCAGUUACAUUGCAUAAUACUCAAAUUUCAUCUGGGAGCAGUAGAACGGAAUCAGAUGUCAAGAUGGAAGGUGGAAUGGAAGGUGAUGCCAUGGCUCAAGAUUCGCACUCAAUGAAUAUGAGUGGGACAGGUGGUGAGAGAGAUAUGCAGGAGAACAUUGAUUAUGAUGUCGCGGGUGAUGAUGACUGGGGCGUGCAGUAAAUCAUUGAUUGGGAUGAUUGGGCUGGAAAAUGGAAAAACAGGGGCGAAGAAGCACAUCCAAAGGGUUUGGGAUGAAUGAAUGACUGUAUACUGAAGAGCAUCCAUCUAUCUUGUAUGAAUUUGGCACUUUUGUAAUAACAAAGCGAGAGCGAGAACGAGAGCGAAAAGAUACCUAGGCGGGCUGGGCAGGAAAGGCACGUUUAAGUUGCAUUUUCUAGGGGAAGAAGAUACCUUAUCGAAUGAUUUGAAAUUUAACAUAUUGAAGAAUCGUGUUGAGAAUAUAUGCAUACGUGCACUGGCACCUAUAUAUAUAACCUUAGGAUCUUACAAUGAAUAAAUGGAAUUGAAGGGAUAAACAUACUCCCUAUGGUUCAGAACAGAAAGAUGAAAAUCAAGGAUAUAAUUUUCAAGCUGUACCGGUACCAUAUGUUAAACCAU